UACAUUUGAAAUCAGUUUUGGCAUUGCCUUCGAACCGAACGAACUCGCAGCGGUAAAAGCCAAGUGAACAAAACAUGACAAUAGGUCAAUACCCGCGAGAGGUCACCAUAGAGGUGAUCAGUGAUACUCGACAUGAGAGUAAAUUAAAUGGCUGUUGUCUCAAUAGGCAGCGACUUCAUAAUAUCAUAACAGGCAUGGUAGUGUUUUCCUAUGGUGGCAUGGAUAUGGCUCAAGGUCUUGGCUGGAACUUAUACACAGGCAUUCCCAGUUCACAGCAGUUUCAGUUCAGUUGGUUUAUUGGCGUCAUCAUUGGAGCUCUUUUCGGAUGCAUGACUGUUUCGCAUCUGCCCAAGAUUUUCUUCUAUUGCCUGGCAAUUCUCUUGCAACUGAUUGAUGCAAUCAUCUGUGUGAGUGCACCUUACAAUUACAAUGCGAUGGUGGCAGCUCGAUAUAUUGGUGGCAUAGGAAUUGGCCUCAUCACAGUGGCUUUUAUCAUACACAACUCGGAGGUGGCGCCAAACAAUGAACGUGGCAAAUGGUGUGCCGUGGAACAGUCCGGUUUGGGAUUGGGCAUAGCCGUUCAGGUUAUUAUGGACUCGAUGUGGGAUCCAGCUCUGCCGAUUGGAAAUAAUCAAGUGCAUGGCAUUAUUGGAAUUGUAUUUGCUAUUGUUGGACUAGCCAUAUUAAUUCUAUCCGUGGAGUCGCCCAUCUUCUAUCUACGCCGGAAUGAUGCCAGGAAGGCAAACACUUGCCAGUGGGAACUGCUGGACAAGAAGGCCAACACAGAGGACUGCAAGUUGGCCUUCGAAGAAAACAAUCUCUAUGUGGCCGAGGGCACAAGUGAGACCUUGAUCCAUGAACUAACUGUUGCCAUGGUGCCCUUCUUCAAGAUGUUCCUGUGCCGCUGCCUUGUGGCAUUCAGCUUCUCGUUGCCCCUCACCGACACAAUCAUUACAAGCACCCUUGCUUGGCAGGGAACCAUGUACAGCUGGCCGAUCAUUGUGUGGAGACUACUUCGCUGGAUUGGAACACUUAUCGCAUUCUUUAUCAUAGACAGGCUGGGAAGAAAGUUCCUUUCCAUGCUGGGACUUAUAUGCAUGGCAGGUCUAAUGCUCGGCAUGGCGGGCAUCUAUAACAACUUAUCGAUUGUUAACUACCAAGUGCAAAUGGGGCAAGUGUGCCAGAUUUGCAUGGCAUUCCAAAUCUUCGCCGGCAUGUUCGUGUCCAGUACUCCCGUCUACCUGGGUGAGGCGUUCCCCUUGCGCAUUAAGCCCUACCUCAUUGCUGCGAUUGUGAUCAUGGAGCAGUUGAUUCACAUCAUCGUGAUUGUCACAUUCGGGAGAAAUGGCAACUUUUACCAAUACUUUUUGGGUGUGGGCAUUGUCAUGGUUAUAUGCUUCCUCAUCCUUCUGGUGAUGCUUCCGGAGACUCGAAACAUGACAUUGCGACAGGCAGGACAUCGCUUUCGUCGUCUGCAUGAUGUAUUCGCUCAUUAGCCGGAGACAUCAAUAAAAUCGAAGCAAGAAAGCUCUACCUCAAUAAAUACUUAUAGAAUUCACAUGUACAAUACUAAUUUUAAGAAAAUAAGCGACUCAAAUGUAAAUAGUUUAGUAUAUAUUACUAUUUAAGUCAAAACUUGAAAUAAAUAUAAUUUAUUUUGAAAUGCCCAAAA